AUGCGCGCGCGGCGGGGCAUCGGCGGAGCACGGCGCACCGCGGCGCACGAACAACGAAGGCAUGGUGCUGGUGGGACUCGCGGGCCCGUCUGGCGCCGGGGGCUGAGGGAGGGGCGCACAGUGCAGGUGCCAAUCUAUGACUUGAAGAGCAGCACGCGCGUGGGGUUCAGAGAAGUGAACGCGGAGAAAUACGCAGCGGAGGACAAGGAGAAGAGAGAGGCUGUGGAUGUGAAGAACCAGGCUGACUCCAUGAUCUACCAGACGGAGAAGCAGCUCAAGGAGCUUGCCGAGAAGGUUCCUGCGGAGCUUGGUCAAACGGUUUACUCUCAAGGAGGGGCCCCCGGUGCUGAUGGUGCUGCUCCUGGUGCUGCUCCUGGCAGUGCUGCUGGCGGCAACCCCAAUGAUGUGAUUGAUCCCGAUUUCACCGAUUCGAAAUGA